AUGACCGCUGCAAGUCCUGCACACCGGUUGGGCGCAGAAACUCUGUUUCCACCAAUCCACCAAUCCAUGUGGAAUGGAAAAAGAGCGGCUGGGUCCGGUGAAGCACGCCCUGGGUAUACCGAAAGGCAGACCAACCCGCAAUCACGAGUAUCGCGCGGCCUGAGGGAACCCACCUCUCCCCACAGCAAUAUCGUGUACGAUUUGGGAACCACAAAAACGUACCUUCGUGUUUCUCUGACGAGAUGGAGAGCGGCUGCGCGAGCCAGGUGUCGGGGCACUUUCUCAGGUCAAACAGCGGAUGACGGAGGUCGUGCUGGAGACCGGAGUUACAAGGUGUAA